AUGCCCUUUCUGCGCGCUCGGCCGCGGCCAAUCCUCACUUUCCUUUCGGCGCGUCAGCAAAGACCACGAAACCCAUGGAUACUCUAUUCCGCUGUCCUUCUGGGACUCGGAACAGUGUCGUGGAUUGGCUAUAAGCCGCUUCGCCACGCAGCGCUCGCCAGCCUGCGUUGUUCCAGAGUCGUAUCGUCAGCAAUACUUGGGGUCAUAGAUUACAAAAUGACAUUCGCCUCUGUUGCUGGAGCCUCUGAAGAACAGAGACUCGAGGCAGUCUCCAAGUGUCAUACAAGAUCGGCAGAACGCGUUUUGAGGGCUUUACUGGCCAAUGGGGGCAUAUUCAUCAAGCUUGGACAACAUAUGGGCUCUCUGCUUGUUCUACCCAGAGAGUGGACAUCCGCAAUGCGGCCACUGCAAGAUAAAUGUGAUCCAACUCCUUUCGCCGAUAUUGAAGCACUAUUUAGGCAAGAUAUGGGCAUUCCGCUUUGUGAUCUCUUCGAGGUCGAUCCAACACCAAUUGGAGUCGCUUCGUUAGCACAAGUACAUGUAGGGCGAGACCGAAUGACUGGGGAACGAGUGGCCAUCAAGAUUCAGCAUCCCCAUCUUGCUGAAUUCUGCGACAUUGACAUAGCUGUGGUGGAUUCCUCUCUUGGAUGGAUAAAGUUUUGGUUCCCAGAGUUUGAAUUCACCUGGCUUGCGGAGGAGAUGAAGACGAACCUGCCUCUUGAGAUGAACUUUGUUCACGAGGCUGCCAAUUCCAAGAGGGCGAAGAAGGAUUUUGAGAAUGUCAAAUGCAGUCUCUACAUUCCUGAGGUUCUUUCUUCUACACCGCGGGUUCUCGUGAUGGAAUUCAUUGAAGGCGGUCGCGUCGACGAUCUAACCUACCUCAAAAAAGCGGGUAUAGACCGUAACCAAGUUGCCCUCGAACUCGCUGCUAUCUUCAAUCAAAUGGUACUCUUGAAUGGCUGGUUCCAUGCUGAUCCUCAUCCGGGAAAUCUUCUGAUUAGAUCAGCUCCUCCCCACUCGAAAUCAACAAAAAACUUCGAGAUCGUCCUGUUAGACCACGGCCAAUACUUUGAUCUUGAUCCCCAGCUACGAAUAAACUACUCCAAACUGUGGCUUUCUCUGAUCGCACCUGCAAGUCCUUCGACGCGAGAAGACCGGAAGAAGUAUGCGCAACUGGUUGGAAAUAUUGGGCCUGACCUGUAUCCUGUCUUCGAAGCUGCCUUGACUGGACGUGCAGCAUUGGAAGGCUCGUGGGAGGGACCAGAACGACCUGAAGCAUUUAGACGAGGCUCAGGCCUAAUGAAUAUGACACCUCAAUCUGAGCAAGAGAAGGAGGCAAUUCGAGAUGCUGUUAUGUCGCAAGACGGCGUCUUGAUGUCGGUGUUCGAUGUUCUCCGUCGAGUGCCGCGAAGAAUCCUUAUGAUUUUGAAACUGAAUGAUCUUACGCGCAGCUUAGAUCAUGCCCUAAUGACAACUCAUUCCAAUAUCCGCAUUUUCUUGGUCUCUGCUCGAUAUUGUACAACGGCAGUAUGGCAGGACGAUAGAAGACAUUUGAUCGAGCAGAUGAACAACGGGGGCUUUACCUUCGGUAUCCUGUGGCAAUACCUACGUUGCUGGUGGGCCUACCGAAAAGCUCUCCACGAGCUGUCAUUUAUCGAAUCCGUACUGGAUUUCCAAGCGCUGCUGGUCAAAACACAAGCCUGGUCAAAAGGGUUAUUCACAAGAGGUUUACGCGGAGCUUCAGAUGCAGCAGCUGGCCUUGGAUAG